UAAGGUGUUGGUGUUAUGAGUGAUAAGUGGGGUGUUGCUGGGGUGACGGACGGUUGUGAGUGGUGGACGCGCACGCCUGUUGGGGACACAAGUUCCCCGCCCAGCUGCCGAGGAGAGGAGAGGAUGAACUACAUUGGCAAGUUCAUAUCCAACUUCAAGGAUUUCUACAACGAGAUCAACGCCGCGACACUAACGGGUGCCAUCGACGUGGUUGUGGUGCAGCAGGAAGAUGGCACGCUGGUCAGCUCACCCUUCCACGUCCGCUUCGGCAAGAUGGGCGUCCUCAGGAGUCGGGAGAAGGUGGUUGAUAUUGAGAUUAAUGGAGAGCCUGUUGAUAUCCACAUGAAGCUUGGAGAGACAGGGGAGGCCUUUUUUGUGGAAGAGGUUGAGGAAGGUGACAAUGUAAGUCCCCUGUUAGGGACUUCACCUCUGCCCCCCUCAAUCCUACAGAAUUACCAAGGGAUUGCAGAAGACUUUGAAUGCCAGAGGCAUGAUUCUGGCAUUGAUAACUCUGCUGACUCCUCUACAAGUGUACCAAAGAACAUUAAUAAUGGUAAGAGGGUGGAGGGAGAGGAAACUCAGUCCCACCAGAGGACUGUAAUUCUAGGUGGCAAGACCAAAGAGGAAGACUCAGAGGUUGGAGUAAUCAAGAAAGUGAAGAAAAGUGUUGAGAAGAAGGAUGUUAGAAGCAGCUAUGCUCAAACUGAUGAGUCUUUCAAAUUAUCUGAAGUUCCUAAGAAGGGAGUGAAAGAGUCUGCUUCACUCAAGAGUCCUCAAAAAUUGGGAAGGAAUGAUGUUACUGGGUCCAGACGCAGCAGUUUGUUAGCAGAGACACAUGGAAGCAAGACUGAUGGAGAAGAGACUGUUAGAGCCAGCAAAAAUAACCGACGCAAACGUAAGAAGCGGUGCUACAACAAGAAGCAGCGUCCCAAGAGCUCAGGAAGUCAGUCCAGUGACACCUCCACCACCAGUGAGGUGGCAGAUUUGUCUGCUGUAGUUCCACCAGUGGCCAAUCAAGAGGGCAUUUUUGUUAUGGAUGAUGUUGAUUCAUCUGAGAAGUCUGUUCCAAGUUCAUCUCCUCUCACCAAAAACAUGGCACAGUCUGCAUCAAUGCCACUGUUACAUGAAAAGUCUCGGGAUGAAGCCGUGCAGGAGUGGAACAAUGCCCUAUCCAGGUCCAUGGGGCCAGACUUCCAUCCAUUCAGUGACACUGACCUCAGUCCUCCUCCAAGUCCCUCCAACUCCCGACCACCAACACCAAUCAAGUCCGACACCGAGUAUGAGGUUGAGCGGCAAAAGGCUGAUUUCAUUGAUGGUUCGUCUCAGACUGAUGAGAACAAGUGGCAGUGGACCUGGGGAGAGCUGCCCACCCCUCCCCCAAAGACACCAACACGCAUGGCAGCUUCUCAUCCUGAUUCUCCACUUGUCAAGACUAGUACUGACAAAAAUAACAUAAUUGGGAAGGAUGAAGAUGAUGAACGCUCAGUGUUGGGCAGUAUGUUUAGAUUCAUGCGGGUCACCAAGAAGGCUCGCCAUAACCCUGAGAGUGAGGGGAUUUACCUUGAUGAUCUUAACUUGGAGGAGCUGGACCCUGAAGUGGCAGCUCUGUACUUUCCUCGAAACUUCAGAGUACCUGAAAAGUCUGGUUACAGUGGCUAUCCUUCUGGAAAUACCAAGGAUGAGGAUGCUGAGUCUGGCAAUGGUCCCUCCCUCCCUCAGUCUCCACAUAGUGUAGAAGGUGCCAUUGGUGGUCCAAAAAUUUGCAGUGACUCUGAUUUUGAAGAUUCAAGACAUCCUAGUUUUGACUACAAAGGCUACCAAGACAUUGCCUUCUCAUUGUGUGGUCGCCUUAAUGAAUAUGAGACCGACUUCCCGGAGAGCCUCUUCUUGCAGAGCCUUGUUACCUAUGAUGACUUUUGUGAGAAUCCGAAUAUCUUAGACAACCCGGACCUUGUGAUAAGACUAGGAGGGAAGUACGUGAAUUGGGCAACUGCAGCUCCUCAAAUCAUGUCUUUAGUGCUAUUCCAAAGGCCUGUUCCUCAGAAACUUGCUGAUGAUCUCAUGAAAGACAACAUGCCCAAGAAGACCAGGAAACGCUCAGAGUCAAAGGGGUACUCAUGGUUCUCUUGGAGGCGUAACAACCAGACUGAGGAUCCUGACACCAACAAAGACAUAAAUACAGAUGCUGAGAAGAGUGCCAUGCUGCCAUCACAAUCUAAGGAGCAAGAAGCCAGUCAGCCAAUAGACUCAAGCCUCAUUGAGGUAACUGCAGCUGAAACUCAGACCAGCUUACCAGGAACUCCAAGGAAGCAGGGUGUUCAUAAUCGUAAGGUGGGCACAGAUUCCUCUGAGUCAGAGGACUUAGAAGAAGGAAAGGAAAGGAAGUUUUCUGGAGAAAGAUACAAAAAGAGCUUGAGACUUUCAUCAGAACAACUGGUAAAGCUUAAUCUUAAAGAAGGAAGGAAUGAAGCACUGUUUUCAGUGACCACUGCUUACCAGGGAACUACACGGUGCAAGUGUCAUAUCUUCUUGUGGAACUACAAUGCCAAGAUUGUAGUUUCAGAUAUUGAUGGAACCAUCACUAAGUCAGAUGUACUUGGUCAUCUUUUGCCUAUCCUUGGAAAGGAUUGGGCCCAGAGUGGUGUGGCACAGCUGUUCACCAAGAUCAAGAACAAUGGAUACAACUUCUUGUACCUGUCAGCUAGGGCCAUAGGACAAGCACGUAUUACUCGGGAUUACCUGAGGUCUGUCAAGCAGGGAGAUUUGUCCCUCCCAGACGGGCCACUGCUGCUGAAUCCCACGUCUCUGGUGCAAGCCUUUCAUCGAGAAGUAAUUGAGAAGAAACCUGAGGAAUUCAAGAUAUCAUGUCUGAGAGAUAUUCAAGCUCUUUAUCCCUCUGACAGAAAUCCAUUUUACUCUGGAUAUGGAAACAAAAUCAAUGAUGUGUGGGCUUACCGUGCUGUUGGAAUUCCAAUAUCACGAAUCUUUACCAUAAAUCACCGAGGGGAAUUGAAACACGAACUGACUCAAACAUUCCAAUCCUCAUACUCCAACUUGAGUGAUAUAUCCAAUCACAUGUUCCCACCUGUGGCCCAUCAGGAGACUCUUGGGGAGUACUCCUCCCUUCAGUACUGGAGGCCUCCUAUGCCUGAUGUCUCACUUGAGAUUGAAGCCAUUCUUUGUGAAGAGCGUGGAAAAUAACAAAAUUAAGAUUUAGAUUUUGGAAAUUCUUAUGAAAGUAAUGUGCAGUGGCCGAGAUUGUACUGUAGUUACAUUCCAAGAAAAUAUCAUCUUUAUUUAGAAGGCAAGUGUAUUUAUUGGUAUAUUUCAGUUUCAAGUAGUUAAGUUCAUAUUUACAUAAUUUUUUGCAUAACUAGAAUUGAGCAAACAAGUUAAAUUUCAAUCAUGAUAGGCAAUCACACUUGUAAUUCUGAAAGUCUCUGAAUUUUGCUGACUCAGGGAACAAUGAUGUUUUAAUGUGAUAUUGUGCUUAUAAUAUCUUGCUGACGUAAUGGUGAAAGAGCUGGACAGUGUGUCUUUUGAACAUGCAUUGCAUAUUUUGAAUUGAAUUUUAAAGUGAUAUUUUUAUAGGUGUAUUGACAGCAACCUUUUUUUAUAUUGUUUAUUUUUAGGGAGUCAAUCACUUUGUGAUAAAGUAAUAUGAUUAAGCAAGAUGUGAUACAUUAUUCAUAUAUUGCUAAUUGUUAAUAGUCAUAAUAAACAAGCAUCCACCUGUAGUGACGAAGAGCCAGUGGUGUGCCCGGCAAGUGACACUGACUUUUUUUUUGUUAAUGGGCAUUACAACUUUAUACUCAUGUGCCAUGCUUUUUUAAUUUCAUUAUGUUAAUUAAGGAUUCAGUUAACUGUGUAAUUGUUGGUAAUUACUGCAGCAUAUUGAAUGAAUGGACAAAUAAUUUAUUAAUGACCUCCAAAGAAAUUAUUAGAGUAUGUUAAUUUGUUAUCUAUUUGUGAAGGACUGGUGUAUGUACGGUGUUGAAGAUGUGUUAGUUAUUUUUGUUAUUAGUUUUAAUGUAAGAAUUCUGCAUAUCAUUUAGUGUGUUAUUCAGGGAAUUUCCAACAUAUUUAUUUUUCUAGAGUGGUAUCUAUAUCAUUUACUUGUUUCUUUCAUAGUUGUAGUUAAUGCCUCUGAACUAGUAAUAUUUUAGUCAAACUUUUUUUCCACACGGAAAGGACCUGUGUAGUUUUUUGAGUUCAUGUAAACACAAACCCAGCAAGAUCAUUGCAUAAUGUUUACACUUCCUGAGUUCAAUAAUUGGAAGUCAUAGUUAGUUCAAUAAUUGGAAAAGUCAUAAUUUAUAUACAAAGAGAUGCUAUAGGAGGCAACUGCCUACAGAGUUCCUUAUGACUUGUGUAAAAAGUAAGCCUUGUUACACUUUUACCUGUGAUUUGUUGAAAUAACGCAUCUAGGUGCUCUACAUGAUAUUGUAGUAAUUUGCGAAAAAAUAGAGUUCAGUUAUGGUUAAAUAUAUACAAAUUUGGUUAAAAUUUAUUUGUGAACUUGUGCUCAAUGAAAAACUGGACUGUUACCAAUUCAUUGAGUUCUUUCAUGUUUGGAUCAAACAGUCCUAGUAUAUACAUGACUUGCUGUGAUUCUUAAGUGUUUCAAAAUUUGUUUAUGACAGUGAUUAUGUGUGUCUGUCAUUAGUGGUCAGGUUGAAGAAUACUUAUUGUGAUAUACCCUAAAAGACACCAUUCUUAUUUAUUUAAAUAAUCAGUGUUUGCCCAGAGUCAUUAUGAAAACUGUUGCACUGUUUAAGAAGCCUAAAACCGUGGUAGACAGCAUUAUAAGUUGAUAGUCCUGAGCUUUAAUUAUUGCAAUUACUGCCAGGCUCACUGUGUGAAGAUUCCUGCAAAUAAUAGAUAUUGAAAAAAUUGUGCCUGUUGUGGGUUACCUGCAUUUUUUCCAACUAAUCAGAUUUAAUGUGAAAAUGUAUAUUGUGUGAAGAAGAUUGCACUUUUAAUUGGAAAGUAUGGGAAGCAGAUGUGGAGAAGACAUUGAGGAAAUGUCUUUAAUUGUAGUAACUGGAUGAUAUGACAAAAAAAAAAAAAAAAAAUAAAU